AAGACGUCGUGUCGGCGGUCACACGGCGGCCCCGCGUAAACGCGACACUCGAGCUGACAUACGCGCGAGCAAGAUCGCAGCGAAUUGUUCUCAGAGCCUCGGGGCCCCCGGGCGACGCAUGUUUCGCAGGUACUUGCAGGUUAUGUCGCGUCAUAACCUGUGCGCGGCCUCUUCGCCAACCUGACGCGAUAUGGCCACGAGUCUCUCGUAGUCCUCGCUGCCAGAGAGAGAGAGAUAUCGCAGAUUGUUUGUACAAAACAAAACGGUACCUCGCGAAAGUUGUGACGCAUCGCAGACAACUUGUGAUCUACGAUUUGUAUACGUAACAAAUGUCGCGUGUAGAGUAAAAAUAUUCUCUUGUUUCUGUGCACGGGUAUUCAAAUAUUUUAGCGAGAGACACACCGGGGCGAAUAUAGACUACACUGGCCGCUAGACUGCAAUCGUGGUCUCUUCUUGCAAAUAUGGUGAAGUUAAUUGCGUCCAGAGUGCAUUGUAUGAGAUUCGGAUCCUUACGCUGCGUGAUUUUCAGCAAAACCAACGGCUGUACUUGACGAUACAGUGUCUACUUCAUUCUCUAAUAAUGAGAUGAAAUAUAGGCAUCAUCCGGGUACCGUUACUCCUAGAACACCGCAAUUUCCAAAGUGGGCAUUACAGGAAAUACACAGUAUUUUGAAAGAGAAGCAAGUAAACCUGCAGAAAAUUAAAGAGAGUUCAAAGGCGCUAACCUGUCACUUAAAUAAUCGCCACCCACCAUUAGAACAAUUUGAAGUACCAGCAAAAUUAGAGAAAGUGGAAAACCGUUUAAAUGCUAUAAACACGGGCCAGAGGAUAUCGAUAGAGGAUGUAGAUUUCCAUAAAAAUGGAAUAGCCAGGAAGAUCUUGAAGCAAAAUAUUUACAAUUGGCAACCAAUAAAGUUUGAUAAACUCACCUGUUUGACGUAUUUAGCUGGUAGAAGUGUCCAGAAUUAUGCAGUUUCGCAUAAGAUUUUUAGCGAAAUCAAAUUGCGCGACAAAGAUUUUAAGCCCCAAACAUUGUUCGACUUUGGCUCUGGUGUUGGCACAGUCAUGUGGGCGGCAUCUGAGAUCUGGUCGAAUACAUUGCAAGAAUACUUUUGUGUUGAACCAUCGGAAUUCAUGAUUGAACUGUCGGAAAGAUUAGCCAAAGCUGCCAAACCUAAGAUCAAGGAAGUUUUUUCUCGUCAAUAUUUUCCUAUCUCUACAAACCGAACUUACGAUAUCGUAGUGAGUGCACAUACUUUGUUUGAGUUACCGGGUUUGGAAUCGCGUCUUGAUGCGAUAUUGAAGCUUUGGACAAAAACUGAAAAUUACCUCAUUAUUGUAGAAGAAGGAACCAAUGCAGGUUUCAAACUAGUGAAUGAGGCGCGAGAUAUUAUUCUCAGAUAUACGAAACGUAGAAGUGAGACACAAUGUGCCCAUGUUUUCUCACCUUGUCCACACGAUCUGAGGUGUCCGAGAUUAGCCAGCGACGAUACGCCGUGCAAUUUUAGCGUUUUAUAUCAUCCGUUGCAAUUUUUGGGCGGUCGGAAACACCAAUCGGAGCUGUAUUCCUACGUAGUGUUAAAGAAACUCAAACGUCCUGAGGACGACGAGCAGUGGCCAAGGAUCGUACGAACCAUACUAAAACGGUCUAAUCACGCAAUCUGUCGCAUGUGCACUGCCAACGGCCAUCUGAAGGAGGAGAUAUUUACAAAAUACAAACAUGGAAGACAUAUGUACCGUUGUGCGAGAGACAGUGAAUGGGGCGAUAGAUUACCUCUACAUUACGAACAGCAAGAAAGUCUAGAAAGAGAUGAAAAAAGAGACGAGACAAUUUGUGAAACAGCCACUAAAAAUGAAAAUACGUAGAAAUUAAGAAAUAAAAUUUCAUUAAAUGUU